UUCUAAGAGCACAAAGGAAACCCAGCCUGAUUUCCUCCUCCAGAAGAAAGGAAGCCAAGAGGGGGUGGUGGGGUGGUGGUGUAGGACCCAGUUACCCCGCCCACUGCAGAGGACACUACAAAUGCCUCUGUGAGACCUGCUGCUACACAGCUUUGUGCUCCAGAGGGCAUUCCCGCAUGGACACCAUGGCCCAGUGCCUUCUACUCCUUGCUUGCGUGCUGGUCUUGGCUGCCCCUGGCCACUCCAUGCACAUACAAACCCUAAACAUCUUCAAGAAAUCUCCCUCCAACACUUCGGCAAGCGCUCUGAAGAAAACCAGUUGGCCCAAGGACUGCAGCGAGGUCUCUGCUGGCAGCCCCAGCGGCAUUUACGUCAUCCAGCCUGCCGGGCUGCACCCCAUCGUGGUGUACUGCAAAAUGAACGUGACGGACGGGGGCUGGACGGUCAUCCAGAGGAACCGGCAGAGCACGGAGAUCACCUGGGCCGAGUCCUGGAGCACCUACAAGUACGGCUUUGGGAAUGUGCGCAGCGAGUACUGGCUGGGCACUGAGUACAUCCAUCAGAUCUCCAGGCAGAAGGUCUACCAGGUCAGGUUUGUCAUCUGGGAUGCCGCAAAUAACAUCAAGUUUGCAGACUACAACCUCUUCAGCCUGGAAGAUGAGUCCCAGGGCUACCGACUGAGGCUGGGAACAUACGCAGGGACAGCGGAGGAUGCCAUGACCUCAGACAAUCCCAGGAAUGUGCACAACAACAUGAAGUUUUCCACAAAGGAUCGGGAUCAGGACACUUACAGCGGGAACUGUGCCUCCAGCUACGGGGGUGGGUGGUGGUACUCGGCGUGUUAUGCUGUACGGCUGAACGUCAAGGGGGCCAUAACGUGGGGCAGCCUGUGCAAUGGGAACUGCAAAGCCUCUGCCAUCCUCAUCAAACCAGCUCUGUACCAUUAGUGCUCUUCCCCCUCCUGUCUGCACUGAGCACAUGGCCAGACCAGCACCCUGCUGGGGCCUGUUUUGUUGACUGGGGGGCUGGGGGUGAAUAGGGUUUUUCCUGUAUAUCAAGAAAUGUUUUCUUUUCCUCUUCUCUUGAAAAGUAACAAAGCUCCCUGCUUUGUGUCUGGCCUUUCACCUGCAGGAGGUUUUUAGGGAUCAUUAUUAGAACAAGUCUUUAUAAACACUGAAGUUUCCAAGCAUGUUCCUUCUGGGGAGAAAACUGUGUUCAGAAACCUAAAACCUUCCUGAUCCAGCAAGGUCUGACUCUCUUUUUGCUUUGCGGGUAUAGGUGACUUCAGCAGAAGAGUAUCAGUCAUCACUGAUCUAAACUGCUCUGAGCCCAGGCAGGCUAUGUACACACCAUAUCCCUGCUGUAGUCUGUGUUCAUCCUGCAGAAUAAAAUUGUUUUCAGAACCUGCA